AUGGAUGACAGCGAAACAGCGACGGGGACACAAGCAUUAGAACUUAUCGGCCGAGUUCCGGAAAGUCCUGGGUCCCGAUCUAAUUACGGAGAAUUUUAUUGGGAUACGAACGGAGAAAAUGUUUAUCACGCAACAGAAACAUAUGAAACAGACUUGGUACUAGACGCUGAUGUUUAUGGCCGAAGUGGAUCAGCAUCACGUCUCGACCGAACUCAAGAAGAUCUCGAUAAAUACCGUCAACGAAUUGACGCUAAUGUGGAGCAGCAGAAAGAAUAUUCGGACAUGAUGACUGACUUGCAGCGCAAGGUAGAAGAAUAUCGUCGACACAUUGCUGCAUUAGAAAGUCGAAUGAGGGAAAAACGAACUGAUGAGACAUCAUUCACACUGCUUGACUCUACCAUGUUUCCAGAUGUAAGGAGAGAAGAACCGUAUAUAUCUCAAAAUGUUGAAACUACCGACUACCAAUACAUAGCCCGUAUUGAUGAGGAAAGACGAAGAAACGACGAAUAUAGGAUGUUGCUCGAUCAGGAACGCAUUCAGAACGAUCAGCUUCAGCACGAACUUGAACGACUCCGUCGUGACUAUGAAGCAACUAUGCAGGAGAAGGAGCGAGUCUACCAGAACCGCGAAAGGAAUUUGACAAGAUAUUUGAGUGAGGAACAAAAGAAAAUGAUGGACUUAUGGACUGAGCUCCAACACGUUCGAAAACAGUUCGUAAACUUGAAGGAACAAACGGCUAUCGAUUUAGAAAACCAAAAGUCAGAAUUCAUCAAAGUAGUUAACAACCUCGGAGGAGCAACAAGGCAAUUGAAUCUCACAGGAGUCGAGGGUAGAGGUGUCUCCGAAGUCACAAGAGAUGCAACGAUAACCCAAGACACUCUACUUUUGGAAGCGAUUCGACGAUUCCAAGAACAGACACCUGGUCAAGCUGGAGUCCAAAUUUUGAACGAACUUAAACUUGCUAAAGCAGGAGAUUCAGAACUGAACGCAGAACUAAUGAAAAGGUAUGAGGAAUGUAUCGAACGCAACAUGGAACUUGAAUCACAACAAACAGAAUUCCAAAGAAAAAUUACUACCCUUGAAGCUGAAUUGCGAAGAAGCAAGGAACGCUUGACAGAUAAUCAAAAUGCUCUGCAUAAACUAUAUGAAAUAGCACAAGACUUCAGUGGGAAACCAGAAAAACAGAAGCGUGCACGAUCGCUGUCACCAAGUCACGGACCGUUACCACCAGCAGAAGCUCUCCAAAGCGUUCGUAAUGUGUUAAGGGCAAAGAACAAUGAAAUCCAGCAAAUAGAACGUAAACUAAGAAACAUUGAGAAAGUGCGCGAUGAAUGGACAAGUAAGAAUGAAACGCUAGAAGAUGCCAGAAGACGAUUGGAGAAGCAACUUGCUGAUGCAAGGAGAGAAGUCACAAAACACUUGAACACCAUUGAUGACUUCGAAAGACAAGUAAGACGUCUCGAAGACAAAAUCCGAACCGCAGAAACAGAAAAGGCCGCUUCUGAAAAUGCGAAAAAAUAUCUUGAAGAAGAGAUUAAGCGACUCAACCAACUUCUUCAAGCGGCAUCUACGGAUGGUGAACGAAAAGCAAGAGACAAUUUAGUAGAUAUGACGGCAGCUAUAGAACAGGAAUACAAGACAAGAAUUGAGGAACUGACUCGUCGCAUAGAGGCCCUACAGAAAGAAAACAGCAAAUUGAAAAGCGAUGCAAGCUCAAUGCGAGAUCGGCAACGAGAUCUUGAAAUUGAACAUAAUGCGGCGAUUCGUAGACUGCAAGAAAAAGAAAACGCGUUGAAAAACCUUGAAAGAAUGAACCAAGACUUGAUCAAGAAGCUUGAGGAACAACGAGCCCGCUAUGAAGCCUUAAACAACGAAUUAGAUAAAGUCAGUAACGAACUGGCAACAGCCAACCAAAACUUGGCAGCCAAAGAUCAAGCUAUCAAGGAAAUCAAGCAACAGCGUGAUGAAUACUGUAAACAGAAGGAUGAUUUAUCCAAGAAACUGUUCGAGAUGAAACACCAAAUGGAAACAGAAAAAGUUGCAAGAAUUGAAGCUGAAAAGGCAAUUAAGCGUUACAUGGAAGAAAUUGAGAAGCUGAAGAGUGAAAUAACAGACUAUGAGAGCCAGAUUGCUAUGAUGCGCAGACAUAACGACGAACUUGAUACGCAACUGAAGAGCAGUCAGGCCAAGAUUACAAGUCUCGAGAAUGAAAUUGCAGCAAAUAAAAGAGAAAUCGAAAAGCUUAUGGAACUCAACCAAAAACUUCAACGCGAAAAACAAGACAUAUUCAACCAAAAACAUCAAGCUGAAGCAGAAGUUUCAGCACUUAAAGACCGUCUGCGUCGUGCUGAACAAGAAAUCGAGAAGCUAAGGUUGGAAAAUGUAACCUUAACAGAAAGUGAAGCCAAAGCACGUGAUGCACUGACUAAACAGACUGCUCAAUUAAAGAGUCUCCAGAAAGAACUUGAAGAUGCUAAAGCAUAUAUAAAAGAACUUGAGGCCAAACUUAGUGAACUCGAUAAGGAAUAUGCUGAUAAACUACGCGAUGCUCUUUCAUCAAAAUCAACAGAAACCGCAGGUACCACUACCAUUCACGACACUACGGUCACAGAAGUUAAGCUUAAAGAAGCUAGUGAUAAAUGGAGGCUAACCAUUGAAAAACUUGAAAAUGAAAAGGAGGACCUUGAGAGACGCAUUCGUGAUUUAGAAGAUCAGUUGGCCGAGAAGACCAGGGAACUUGAAAGAAAAGAGAUUGACUUGAAAGAUCUUAAACAGAAACUUGAAGCAGAGAUUGAGCGUCUCCAGUCUGAAAUGGCUCAGCUUAGAGCUCAACACCAAAGAGAACUUGAAAAUGAACGCGACCAGUAUAAUGCUAAUGUCGAAUCGAUGAGACUGGUGGAAGAAGAGCUCAGACAUAAACUUGCCGAAGCUGAAAAGAAACUAGCUGAAACAGUCAGUCAACUUAGUGAUGCUGAACGUGAAAUCAAGGAAUGGGAAGAAAAAUACAACCUCUUAUACUCACAAAUGCAAAAACUUAAGGAUGACAUCGAAAAUGUCCGCAAUGAAGCAGAAAAGGAAAUUCAAAAGUGGAAAUCAGAUGCAUAUGCCGCGCGAUCAGAGCUUAAAGCUUUGGAAGCAUCUAAUGCAGUUACAAAAUCUCAACUUGCUGCUGCUAACGAAAGACUUGAAGCAGCAAACAAAACAAUUGCUGACCAAAGCGCAAAGAUAAGAGAACUUAAUAACAAUAUACGCCGGCUCGAAGAGGAAAUAACAGAUUUGAAGACAACAAUAAUGACCAAGGAAUCUGAUUUGGAUAGCGCUUUGAAACGGCUACACAGCAUUGAAGAAAAACUUACAGCACUACAAUUAGAGUAUGAUACACUCAAAACUCAAAAUGAAACUCUGGUCAGGGAAAAUGACCUACUAAAAACCACCAACGUCUCUAACGAGAAUGAACUUGAAAGAGUAAGAAAACAACUGGCAGACUGCAAAGCCGAGUUACGUCAGAGAAAGACAGAGCUUUCAAAUCUCCAGACCAAUUACAAUCGUGUCGCCAAUCUAUUGCGUGAGAAGGAAAAACAAAAUGAACACCUAAAUCACUUGGUUCAAAGUUUCGAAACCAAACUUGAAAACUUACGUCGCGAACUUCAAGCAACGUCUGAUAAGCUUAUUGGUUCCGAUACCGAAAGAAACACUCUUCGUGCAGAAAUCGUUAAACUUCAAAAAGAGCUUCAAUUUGGAAAAGAACAGAUGAUUCGUAAGACAGACGAAUAUCAGUCGUCACUGGAAGAACUUUCAAACGCACAACGAGCAGCCGAAGAUGGACGUCUAACUGCAGUUCAAGAACUGGAGUCAAGAAAAUAUGAGAUGGCAGACAUGCAG